ACGAAGCAAAGCGACUUUAGAAAAGUAGGCGUAGUAAGAAUAUUGCAGAGCUGUCCAUACGUCACAUAUCUCACCCUUUACCAAAAGCCACCACAAAUUUUUGUUGUCAAUAAUCACUCAUUACCCAAUUCUCUCUUUUAUUCAUCACAAUUUUUUUUUUUUUUAAUCAAACUCUUUCCUCUCGAUCUGAUCUCUGACUCUUCCUUACUUCUCCAAGAUCACACACGAAAUGGCUCAGAAAGUGGUGUUGAAGGUUUUAACCAUGACGGAUGAUAGGACCAAGCAGAAAGCCAUAGAAGCUGCAGCUGAUAUCUUCGGAGUUGAUUCGAUAGCAGCGGAUAUGAAGGAGCAAAAAUUAACGGUGAUCGGUAUGAUGGAUGCGGUUGCGGUGGUAAAGAAGCUGAAGAAGGUCGGUAAAGUCGAUUUGAUAUCGGUCGGACCGGCAAAAGAGGAGAAGAAAGAAGAGAAGAAGGAAGAGAAAAAAGAGGAGAAGAAAGAGGAGAAGAAGGAAGAGAAGAAGGAAGAAGAAGCUAAGAAAUAAGAACUCUAUUGAAAAUUAGAAUUCGUAAAUUUUUGUCAUCUUGAUUUCACAAUCAGAACGCUAAAUCAUUGAAUAAUUUAUAAUGUAAUAUUAGUUGUUCAACACACUGUAACAAAACUAAGAGUUAAACAUUUUCAAGGAACAACCAAA